AUGAUUAUGACUUCAAUCCUGUUGUCUUUGUCAAUAUUGACAAUCAAAAGCCAAAAAAACAUCAGCCUUAAUCCCGAAGACGUGAUAGAAACGAGCAAUUCAAACCAAUGGACUUAUUAUACUCUCCCAAGACCUUUAUUUCUAAAAACAUAUCUAAGGAUAUGGUUAGAAAUAACUUCAAGUCAAGGAAACGCAAGACCAGUUCUUGCCCUAAGCAGCAAAAAACCUGUUUUUGGGAGCAGCCAGUCAUCAGUUAUAGCAGAUUUUGUUGAUUUCGAUGAAUUUUACUCCGAAUCAAAUCAUCAUUCCCUUAUAUUGCUGAGCUCAGAGAUAUCAAGCUGGCCAGAAAUAUAUGUCGGAGUUGGAAACGCCAAUUUUGAAUCCAGCUCUAUGAAAUAUAAAAUAGGGCUGGACUCAAAAGAACGGAUUCUAUGCCCAAACGAUUGCAGCGGCAAUGGAAAUUGUGUUUCUUUAAAUAAAUGUAAUUGUUUUAGCGGGUUUAUAGGCCAAAGCUGCAGAAUCCCAGCAGUCGAGCUAAAGGAAUCAGAAUCUGUUAUUAGAGCUCCUGUAUAUGGGAAAACUUAUGGGUAUAUCAAUAUGAGCCCUAUAAAAUCCAACGAAAUAAAGCUAGAAAUGGAGUGAGAAGGAAAUGCUGGGAUUUUGUUGCUGAAUUAUGAUGGAAACUCGUAAUUUCUACUUACUCCCCCCCUCCGUGAGUGAACAAAAAAAUUUUGUUCACUCACUGAGGGGGGUUAAAUUUUUUUUUUUAAACAAAAUUUAUAUAUAAAUUUUAUAGAAAAAUAUUUUUUUUGAAAUUUAAAAAAAUCCUAAUUUCGCAAAAAUUGGAAAGCAAAUAUUAAUUCAAUUUGCAAAAUUUAUGUUUUAAAAAGCAAUUCGUUUAAAAUUAAAACAGAAUUAGCUCUAGAUUUCAUUAUACUAAUUAUCAUUUAUAUAUCAAAUUUUUCUUCCAUAAAAAAUUUUUCUAUUAAAAAAAUUUUUGUUCACUUACGGAGGGUGGGUUUUUGGGCAAAAAAUAGGGAUUUUUCUUAUGGUUUUGUUCACUCACGGAGGGGGGGGAGUUAGGCCGUCAAGUCUGCCAUCGCUUUAUAAUUAUUAUUUAUCAGUGAUUCUCCAAGGGUCAGAUAAUUCAAGGUCGCUUGACAUUGAUGUCACAAAGAUCAAAGGACGACUGUAUUUUUUGCUGUACAAUAAAAUGAACCCGAAUAGCUCAUUGGAUCUGUAUAUUAGAUACAAAGAGUCAGACUCCUCUAUAAGAGAUAAACCGGUCCUUUUUUAUAGCAUCAGCGUGGUCAUUGGAUUCAUCGCUUUUGUUAUUGCUGUAACAUUAUAUUGCAAAUGGAAGAAGUGCUGGCUUUUUAAUGAAACAAUGAAGGAGCAAGAAGGGUCCCCUGGGCUUUCAGCGUCGUUUAUAAACAAAAAGUACCCGGCGCUACAAUUUUCUACGAUUAGCCUGACUCAUAAUUCAAAUUUGACUUGUGCGAUCUGCUUUGAGCAAUUCCAAGGGAAUUCCACAGUGAGAAUGCUGCCCUGUAAUCAUUUAUUUCAUACUUUAUGUAUAGAAGAGUGAUUUCUUACUAGCAAAGUAAUAAUUAUCUAGACUUGCUGCUUAUGCAAAAGAGACUGCUCUUUAGAAGAAUCCAACGUUCUUCUGACUUUUGAAAAUAAUACAAACUGCGAAGCUCAUGACAAUAAUCAAUCACUCGUUACAAUCCCUGAUGAUAUAGCAUAUAAAGACCACCCGAAAAUAAUAAUUUAA